AAAGUCACAGGCAACAUGUUAAACACUCCGAAGAAGAUAGCUGAAAGUCUCCUGCCCUAAACAUGGAUAUCGGAGGCCUGACCACAGUGGUAGCAAACUCUGCUUACAUCAAUGCUCGUGGAAGUUUUGAUGGCACCAAUACAGCAACAUCCCGGGAUAAAAAGUACCACUCCCGCCUCAUGCUGCCCAACCUCCCAGUGUGUGAGGGCCUGAGGGACACCCUGGAUGUGACCUUUGACUCAGUGUGUGUGGAGCAGCCCAUCGGCAAGCGCCUCUUUAGGGAGUUCUUGGAUAAAGAUGCAAAUGUAGAGUAUCACGGGGCUUGCCGUUUGUGGAAAGACCUGGAGGCGUAUGACAUGGCUGAGGAUUCUGGGAGGGCAAAGAAGGCCUCAAAGAUAGUCCAGCAUUACAUGGAGCCCUCUGUCAAACACUUCUGCUCCUUCCUGUCAGAGGACCUCAUCGCCAAGGUGAAGGAGAACCAGGAGCAGCAGGGCGAUGAUCUGUUUGUAGCAGCAUGGGCCACGCUGUUGGACUUCCUGCGAGAGACCCCCUACUCCUCCUUCCUGGAGAGCCUGUUUCUGAAGAGGUACCUGCAGUGGAAGUGGCUGGAGAUGCAGCCCAUGGACGCAGACUGGUUCCUGGACUUCCGUGUGCUGGGGAAAGGUGGGUUUGGGGAGGUGUCGGCCUGUCAGAUGAAAGCGACGGGGAAACUGUACGCCUGUAAGAAACUCAACAAGAAGAGGCUGAAGAAGAGGAAAGGCUUUGAGGGGGCGAUGGUGGAGAAGAGGAUUCUUGAGAAGGUUUACAGUCGCUUCAUUGUGUCAUUGGCGUACGCCUUCCAGACAAAGGAGGAAAUUUGUCUGGUGAUGACCAUCAUGAACGGAGGAGACCUCAAGUACCACAUCUACCUGGUGGAUGAGAACAACCCGGGCUUCGAUGAGCCCAGAGCCUGUUUCUACAUCGCUCAGAUCAUCCAGGGCUUGGAGCACCUCCACCAGAAGAGAAUCAUCUACAGAGAUCUCAAACCAGAAAAUGUGCUGCUGGAUAAUGAUGGGAAUGUGCGUAUAUCUGACCUGGGUCUUGCUGUGGAGCUGCAAGAAGGCAAAACACAGACCAAAGGAUACGCUGGGACUCCAGGGUACAUGGCUCCCGAGAUGCUGAAAGGAGAGAAGUAUGACACCUCAGUCGACUACUUCACUCUGGGAGUCACGCUGUAUGAGUUCAUUGCAGCUAAGAACCCAUUCAGAAACAGAGGGGAGAAGGUUGAACGUGAGGAGAUGAAAGAGCGGAUGCUGACCCGGGAGGUGACCUAUGAGGAAAACUUCAGUGAGAACGCUCGCUCGCUCUGUGACGGGCUGCUGGCCAGAGACGUUGAGAAGAGGAUGGGCUUCAAGAACGAAUGCUGCGAUGAGAUCAGAGCGCACGCUUUCUUCAGUGACAUCAACUGGAGGAAACUGAACGCAGGAAUUCUGCAUCCACCUUUCGUCCCGGACUCUAAAGUGGUGUACGCUAAAAGUCUGGACGACGUUGGAGCUUUCUCCUCGGUGAAGGGAGUGACCUUGGAUGAUCCUGAUAAAAGCUUUUUCGAUGAGUUUUCCUCAGGCAACAUCCCCAUCCCCUGGCAAGAGGAGAUGAUCGAAACAGGCAUCUACGGAGAGCUCAAUAUUUGGGGUCCUAACGGCAGCAUCCCCAAAGACCGCAGGGAGUCUGUAAUGGAGCAGCAAAAGUCAUCAACCUGCUGCGUUUCGUAGAGUCAUGGAAACACCUUGAAAAUACUAAUAAUAAUAAUAGACUUAUGCGUCAUGAAGACUCAGGAAAGACACAUCUCUUUUGGACUCACUAAUCUCAGUUCAAACUGUUUGUGACUCUUUGAUUAAAUGUUAUUACUUUAAGUAAUAAUGUUAAAGGUUUUAUCCCCAAACUAAGUAGCACAAUGGUGACUUAGUCGUAUACCCCCCUGAUGAAAGCCCUGGGGUUUACAGCAUUGCAAACCAGGUGUGUUUGGCGACAUUUCCUGGAAAAAUCCAUCUUAUUGCGAUAGGUGCCACCAAAGAGAAGAACACUGAGAUCUUCCAGAUUACCCCUUAAAAUGUAGAUUUAGACGUUUCAAAAAGAAAGUGCUGACAUGAUUUCCUCUUUGUCUUCUUUGCCGUUCUCUCAGUCUUUACUAUUUGUGUGUGCAUGUGUUAAAUGAAUGUAAUACUUUUAGGUUUAAAAUGCAUUUAAAGUAUAGACUUAUACUUUGAAUAGGGUUAGUCAAGUGGUACAUUCGAGUGAGAGUGACAUGUUGAACAUGUACAAAUGUUUAUUUACUUCUCUUGAAUAUGUGCUUCUAUAGAGUGUUGGUUGUUCUUAUUGAGUCUACUGUCUUUUAGUUUGAAUAUAAACAGCUACUACUGUUGCUGAAAUACUAAAAGCUACUACACCAGAAAUGUACAUUUUUGAAAAGAAAUUGUUAUAGAUUUAUUUAUUUAUUUGUUUAUUUCAUAGAUCAUAAUUUACUCUUUGCACAAAGAAAAGAAACAAGAAGAGCAGAGCACCUUUCAUAUGAGUAAAUAUAGUCAAGUUGUUAUGAAAUACACCUAAAUAUAGAGACACGUUUACAGCAAAUGUUUUUAUUUUUGUUAAUUAGAUUAAAAUCAGAGAUAUGAACUGUAUAGAAAAGUGCUGGCAAAUAAAAUAACUUAUUGUAAUGGAAA